AUGUGUGACAAGGAUUCCCUGACACCGAGCAACAUUAAGGGCAAACCGUUCAGCACUGUUGAAAACGACGUCAGAGAUAACUGCUCGGCGACAUUCCAAGCCGGCUGGUGGUUCGCCAAGAACUGUAAAGCGGCCAAUCUAAACGGGCCUCUUGACAAAUGUGGAAUAUGUGUGAAAGCGUGGGCGUAUAAAGAACAGUUCGGAGCUCACUACAACACUUUCUGGAUUGGCAACGUGUCCUUACACCAGAUCACGAAGCAAGGCGUGUACAGACUGGAUGUUGGAGUGGCGAAGCAUGGCGAAUCCCCUUGUCAGAAUGGUGGGGAAUACCUGGAUGCUGAAGACAGGUGUAGAUGUGUGGAGAGUUAUGCCGGGCUCACCUGUCAACGGAUAAUGAGAGGUGUUCUCAGAGAAAAACCAAUGCACUUAACUGACUAUCUGGUUUUAGACUGUUCUGGGGAUCAAACAAAUUGUUCUGAAGGGCACAUCGAUCGGAUUCGGGUAACCCAAGAAUUUUACAUCCAACCAAAGGACUCACCACACCCAUUCCGUGUGAAAUGUAACAACCACGCUACUGGCGGUAUGACCCAUUUGACAUUUAGAAGCUACUGGGCUAAUCCUAAACCGAGCUUUGUGGAGACCUGGCAGGCGUACAAAGAAGGAUUCGGGAACAGGUACAAGGACUUCUGGAUUGGGAACGAGUAUAUUCAUCAAAUCACACGACAAGGAGAGUACGAAGUGGAAGUCGGAGUAGCGCUAUACGGAGAAUCUUUCAAAUUUGUUUACUACGACUCGAUAUAUGUGGGGAACGAAACCGAGCGCUACGCUAUACAUCUGGGACCUUAUCGCCCAGGUACAAUGGACGGCGACUCCCUGACACCGAGCAUCGACCCACGACGUAACAUUAACGGCAAACCGUUCAGCACCUAUGACAACGACGUCAGCAACGACUGUACAACGACAUUUCAAGCCGGCUGGUGGUUUGCUGAGGACUGUACUGCGGCCAAUCUCAACGGACCUUUGUUGAAAACAAACGUACCCCGGCUCAACUAUUUAUACAAUUAUGGAAGCCAGCCACUUCAAGGCGGAUACAUGCAAAUAAGGGUCAAAAAAUACUACAGCGAAAUGCCAUGA